AUGGCCGUGGGACCUGACUUCAUCACUCCUCCACUUUCUCAAGCUGUUGGGUAUGGAGUUGUUGUGGGGAUUGGCCUUGCAAUUGCCCUUGGUAUGAUAUUUGUGACGCGUGUGCUGAAGAAAACCGUUGGUGAGGACAAUGAAACAACAGAAAUGUUUAUGACAGCAAACCGGAACGUUAGGACUGGACUUGCAGCAUCUGCCGUCAUCUCAUCAUGGCUUUGGAGUACUGCCAUGCUCGGCUCCUCCCUUGUUGGAUAUACGUACGGUAUUGCUGGUCCAUUCUGGUUUGCAGCUGGAUGCUCUCCCAUGAUUGUGUUCUUCGCCUUACUGGGAAUAUCUUGUAAGAGAAAGAUCCCUGAGGCUCAUACCUUACUCGAAAUCAUCCGUAUUCGAUAUGGAACGACUGCCCAUUUUGUCUGGAUGUUUCUAUGUCUUAUAAACAACAUCAUCGCAUGCGCGAACAUGCUAUUGGGUGCAUCGGCUGCAAUCACUGCGCUGACAGGGAUGCACAUCAUUGCUGCAACAUUUCUCCUCCCCGUUGGUGUUGCUUUAUACACGUUUGUUGGUGGUAUCAAAGCCACCUUCCUCACGGAUUACCUCCACACCUUCAUUAUCCUCAUUAUACUCAGUUAUUUCUCUGUCAAAGUCUGGACCGUACCCGAGGUGGGAUCUAUUGGCAAUCUGUACGAACUCGUAAAGGCAGCAACGGUGCAGCAUCCUAUCCCUGGAAACCAUGAUGGAACAUACCUCACCAUGACAUCCAAAGGAGGUAUCUACUUCGGUAUCUUGCAUCUACUUGCCAACUUUGGUCUAGUCAUCAUGGACACAUCCUUCUUCAUAAAAGCUUUCGCGGCAUCUCCAAAGUCUGUCGUCCCGGCUUAUGUCAUUGGUGGAAUUGCAUACUUUGCCAUUCCAUGGGCGACUGCCACACUAGCAAGUUCUGUUGUACUUGGGCUUGAGGACAACCCUAUCUUUCCAACCUAUCCGCGACGAAUGACUUCAAAAGAGAUUAGUGGUGGCCUUGUACUGCCGUACUUUGCGAUCACAAUUGCAGGGAAGGGAGGUGCGGCAGGCAUGCUGCUGAUCACAUUCAUGGCGGUCACUUCAACGCUAUCUGCUCAAGUCAUUGCCGUUUCAUCAAUCCUGUCAUUUGACGUAUAUCGAACAUACAUCAAUCGAAAAGCAACUGAUCGAGAUGUGAUCCGGUGGUCGCACUUUGGAGUCAUCUUCUUCGCCAUUUUCGCUGCCGCAUUUUCCACAGCGUUGCACUACGGAGGCGUGGAUCUUGGCUGGACUCUCUACAUGCUGGGUGUGUUAACAUGUCCGGGUAUUUUUCCGACAGUAUUUGCCAUACUUUGGCGCCGUCAAAGCAAACUUGCCGCAACCGUGUCACCCUUGCUCGGGCUUGCUACAGGAAUAGCCAUCUGGUUGGGAAGCGCCCAGGCGUUGUACGGAGAAGUCACAGUCAAGACGACAGGCAAUGCUCUGCCCUGCGUUUAUGGUACCACUGCAUCAGCUUUUUCGCCAGCACUCUACAGCGUCCUGCUUUCGUUCUACAAGCCUCAACGCUUCGACUGGGCCAGCUUCCAGAAUGAGAAGCUUGCAUUCCAUACUGUCACUACGUCUGCACAAGGACGACAAACGAGCGUCGUCACCGCCGAUCAAGCCGAAUCUGAGACACAAACCUUGGAACAACAGCGUGACCUGAAGCGAUGGGGUCGAAUCGCAGCUUUCUGGUCACUGGCAACGUUUCUCGGACACUGGGUGCUGUGGCCUUUGCCAAUGUACGCCGCCCACUACAUCUUCAGCAAAAGUUUCUAUGUCGCUUGGGUCAUUCUUGCCACAAUCUGGCUGUGGGGUGCAAUGUUCGUAGCUGGGUUUGCACCGAUAUGGUCGGGACGAGAUCAGAUUCUUGCAGUAUUGCGUGGAGUGGGAGGUAGAAGUGAGAAAACUGUAUCGGAGGACUCCAGUACUAUUGCCGAUGUGGCUAAAUCCAUUACAAAUGUCUAA